GACGUUCAACAAGCGCCACAACAAGGAAGUGAAACGCUUCAACCCGCCCGGAGAACCUCUGAGCAGAUGUUGUCGCUGUAGUUCAGGAUGCCUGUUGAAAGUCCCGAGGAGAGGACGGUGGAGGUGCUGGAGCUACCUGCAGAGGUGGAUGAGGAGCUGCUGUGUCUGUACUUUGAGAAUAAGCGGCGCUCGGGUGGAGGUCCACUGGUAACUGUUGAGAAGAAUGGUAACCGUGCUGUACUGGUGUUUGAAGAGGCAGAAGCUGCGGCUCGAGUGCUAUCUAAAGGGCACCAUGUUCUGCAUAAUGUUGAGCUGAGUGUGAGAAAGCCUGCCACAAAGGACCGAUGCAGACUGCUGCUGCGGGGGAUCAACCCCAGCACCAGCACGGAGAUGAUAGAGCUCUACGUGGAGAACAUGAUGGGGCUGAAUGUGAAUGACUACAUGCUGUAUCCCUCGCCGGAGAGAGACUUAAUCCUCAUUCAUCUCAGCCAACCCUUCUCAAAAGAUUUUCAAACUAUUAGCACAAAUAUCUCCAGGAGGACACUUGAUAGCGCCAAGGUAUCUCUGGAACAGCUUGAGGAAACGGACUCGGUGUUAGUGGAGAACCUGCACCCUGGCUCCACUCCAGACCUGCUCACUUUGUACUUUCAGAGUAAACGAGGUGGGGCUCAGAAAGUGAGGGAGGUCACCAUGCUAUCAGAGGGUACAGCAAAGGUGUCCUUUGCUAACUCUGAAUCUGUGGGGUCUGUCCUGGCUCAGGCACACAAGCUGGAUGGUGCUGAUCUGGUAGUGAAGCCCUACUUCGUCUUUCUUCAAAAAAGUUCAGCAUCGCAAAACAGUAACGAUGGGGGCCAAGAUGUGACUGUGAGUUCCUCUGAGGAUCUAAAUGAUGUUCAGAUGCAGACCAGUCCUCCCAUUGUUGCCAGUUCCAGCAGUCACUCCUCUUGCCAGACAGACUUGGAGCCACUCGUUGCCCAUGAAACAGCAAAACAGAUGGCAGAGGAACUCAUGGAGGAUCAGAAUGCAGAUGCGGAUCCACUAUCCAGCCAUAUUGCUAUUACAGACCCAGUGAAACAUGCUUUGUUUCAACGCAGCACCGUUCAACAGGACUUAAAGAAGGCUAAUCCAAAUUUUACUAUUGAGAUGAAAGAUGAUGGUGUUUACAUUGCAGGACCUGACAGGCUACAAGUGGAGCAGCUAAAACACACCAUUGUGGAAUUUCUUCGCAACAUAACAAAGACUCAUUUCACCGUCGAGCCAGAAAGGGCUCAGUUCCUUGCGAGAAAAGAUGUAAAAAAGCGGCUCCUAGAAACCUUGAAUCAAACCAGCUCACCUGCUGUGUACACCGUAACAGACUCCAAAGUUAUGGUUAUAUCUGUAUCGCAAAACUCUGCCAACCAGGCAUGUAGCUUUUUAAAAUCCCAAGUGUGUCAUUUCUGCAUGCCAGUGCCCCAAGAAUACGAGUGCAUGCUGUAUUGCAGAGAGUGGUCUGAGUUCCUGCAGGCUCUGGAUUUCUGUUCUGUUAAGGUGUCAGAACGAGGAGAGAAUAUUGAUGUUUUGACUCUGAAAGGGAUGGAGAAUGAGCAGCAGUCUGCAAUCCUGGAGUUUCUGACUACACCGAUUGAAAGGGAGACAGUCAUCUCUAUGGAACCAGGCAUGCUGAAAUACAUUCAGAACCAUUGUCAUCAGCUGCUGGCUGACAUGGAUCAAGUGUCUAUUUUUCCACUCGAGGGUGGAGAUGUUUGUGGGUUAAAGAUUCAUGGCCAUGCCGUUGCUUGCCAGAUGGCAGAAGAGGUGCUGCAAGGUGUGGUCUCCUCUAUCUGCACCAGAACCAUCACAGUGAACGCUCCGGGAGUGGCCCGGUUUAUGGAAGACGAGGACUGCAAAAGCAUUCUGAAAGAGAUGGAGACAAAGUUUCAGGUCUACAUCAACACGAAGUAUGUGCCUUGGCAGCCCCUGUCAUACGAGGACUUUUUAGUAACUGGAUGGAAGAUGAUGUCCCACCACAACUUUCAGAAAGUGCUGAUGGAUAGUUCUGUACAAGACGUAAAGUCCGAUUCAAUGCAAACUGAGCAUAACGGAGCUUCAGACAAAGGUCUGUUAGAGGAGGCAAAGAGAAUCGUCUCAUCCAUUGAUGACGGAGUGGAGGAGAGCGUGUCAGCUUCAGACCAGGUCGAUGACAUGGACGAUCUGGACCUGUACACAGCAGAGGAACUGAGCACCGAGACAGACCAGGACUCUGACGUGACAGCUGUCAAUGCUUCUGAACCGAAUGCUGCGAGACCCCUGCUUAAUGACGGUGCUGUGGCCCUUCCUAGCGAUCUGGAAGAAGAGGCUCAACUGUCUUUAGCCAUCCAGUACUCGAUGGAGUCAAGCCAUUGGUCCCUGGAGAAUGAGGAGGAAGAGCUGAAAAAAGCUUUGGAGUUGUCCAAGAAAAUGGUCCAAAUUAACAGCUCUUCUAAUGUGACUGAGAAGAGCCCUCAGGUGAACCAGCUGCAAAAGAGCAAUGCAAAUGAUGCUUUUCGGCAAGCAAUCAAGGAUGCCAACACCCUCCAGAUAGAAGUGUUUGCAGGGUAUAGUUGUGACUUAAUUCGGGUGGACAUAGCUUUUGGUAAGAAGGUCAACCAGAGACAGGUUGAGGAGAAAGUGGAACACAGGACCUUAAGAAACCUGUCCCCGUACCACAGGCAGUGUCUGGAGGUGAUCGAGCGGAAACAUGCAGUCAAGGUUGAGAUUCAGGGUAGCAUAGUUACCAUUUCUGGAUUUAAGGACUUUGUGUACGGCGCAAUGUGCGACAUGAAGCUGCUGAUGGAAAAAAUCUCCAAUUCUAUCACCGACCGCGAAAUCUUGAAGACCAUCCAAUGGGUGCAGCAAGACCCAGCCUCCUCAGACACGACUCCUUAUUCUGCCGAAGCUACGGUAUUCAUCGAGAAUGCUUUCAGGAUGAAGAUGGACAAGGUGGACAUACUACUCGACAAUCAGCCCCACAUUAUCAACUUUGAAAAGAUGCAAGAAUACAACAUCGCUUCGGGGAAAUCUGUGAAAAUCUCCAGGAAGAUGCUUGAAUUAGAGGCACUGAACGAAGAAUUAGCAGAUGAGGAAUACUCCCUGCUGUCCAACAUGCCCGAAGCAACAAGAGUCGACGAGGAAUCGGAUGAAUUUCAGAAUGUGGUGAAGCGGUUCUAUGAGAGCAUACAGGAAUACCACAGCAAAAUCAGAAUCAUACAGGUGGAGAAGCUGAUGAACCGACUGCUGUACAACCAGUACAAGUUGAAGAAGGCGAGCAUCCUGCAGCGUGCCACAUACCCAGACAUUGAACGGACUCUCUACCACGGCACGAGUGAGACAAGCGUGAAGGAGAUCUGCAUUCAUGGAUUCAACAGAAGUUUCUGUGGAAAGAAUGCCACCGUCUAUGGUCGAGGCGUGUACUUUGCCGUCAACUCCUCGCUGUCUGUCCAGGAGCAGUACUCACCCCCAAACGCAGACGGAUACAAGUAUAUUUUUGUGUCCAAGGUUCUAACAGGAGACUUCACAAAAGGCUGCCAUUCAAUGAAGACGGCGCCGCUGAAGGAGACCGGUGAUAUUCCCCUGAGAUACGACAGCGUGACUGACGACAUUACCAAGCCGUCGAUGUUCGUCAUCUUCAAUGACACACAAGCUUUCCCAGAAUAUCUCAUUACAUGCCAGAGAAUCCAACGCUGAGGAGGUUGAUCAGUCACUACAUCAUGAACCAAAUAUUUGGAGAAAAGACUGAUCAUGUUUCUGUGUUUCUACCUUGAUUUCUAAAGGGCUUAAAGCAUGAUCAUCGGUUGUGUUCAAAUUCUCAUCAAGUACAUCACUGUUUAUCGAUUCUCACUCUUGAGUUCUUCACUUCAGUCAGUUGUGAUUAGAAAAAUAUCCCAAAAAGCAACUUAUACACAGUAUGUCCUUUACGGCCUUUACAUUGGUGUGGCUCAGCAAUUGUCGCAUGAUAUCUCACUCGUCAUAGCCAGUUUGGUUCUUGUUGGCAUUGCUUACACACUCCGGUUGUUAUUGUUCGUCUGUCUUAAACUUUCAAGCAUCCAAAUUAUGUUGCGUGUAUGAUUUCAAGUCAAAUGCAAUUAAUCUGUCCUACAUAGUACUUCUUUGCAAUUCCUUCGCUGGCAGACAGCACUAAAGCUGUCUGACUGCUUCAACCAGUAAUACCAGUUAUGUUUUGUGUACCAUUUGCAAAACUUGUGAUGGUUCUUGAUUGUCAUCUUCCAGUUCAGCUAUUCUUUACGUAAUGAAGUAAGCACAGGUGGCAGAAUUUGUGGAUAUUAUGAUUACAUUAUAGUGCCUGUUUCAUUUUUUAAAGUGCUCUGAUCUCUGAGGCAAAUCUUCUGAUUUGUUUAAAUCUGUGACUACUCGCAAGGAAUGUGUUGACCAUCGGUCUCUGCUGUUGUUUUUAAUUUUGAUUUUAUUACAAAUUCUACAAAAAGCAGUGGUUUUGUAGCAUUGCAUUUUCGUCUUUUACUUGUUUUUUUUGUUGCUGUUUUGUAAGAAAACAUGAACUUGCAGUCUUAAGAGAGAUCACGAUGUUUGUAUGAAAAAUAAAGCUUAAAAUGAGAAACGUU